UCCAGGGGUCUUCGAAUCAUAUCCGCCCUUCGCCACGUGGAGAGUUUUACCACAGCUUCUCGUAUGACAUGUAAAUGGACGACUUCCAACCAGAUCCGCUGGCGAUACAAGCUGAGAUCUGUUGCAUCAAGAGAUGCUCCUACUACCUACCCGGUUAUCUACCACGAUAUCUUAGAGGACACCUAUUCUUCUGCGCUAAAGGACCAGAACUGUCUUUGCGACAGCAAGUGAUUGGUCUGGUCCUUCCCAUCGCGGUGUGUCGUCGUCUGCGGUACAUCUACCGCGCAGCAAGGAAGCAACAGUACCACAGCUGAAAGGAUAAGGAAUCAUACCAUUAUUAGAAGUAGUAAAUCCGUGAGCAUCAUUUCAGAGAUUUACAUCAAGCGGCUCGAAGUUGUUUUUUAAUCACCUAGAAACCGAACUCUAACACUGAUGAAGGUUAGUUUACGGACCCAGCCAUACACCACAUGAUUGACCCUUUCCUUGUUUCUUCUCCAAGAACGCAGCCUUACUCAUGACGAAUCAAGGUCCUGUCAAUGCGACGGCGGCGACCAAGUCGCCCGCUGUCGAGACCCUAGAAUACAUCUACUGGGUAGCGAGUUACAUCUACUACGUGCCGACCGUGAUCGGGGUCCCGGGCAACAUCAUGUCCAUCCUGGUCACCAUGCAGAAGGACAACCGGCGCAUCUCCACCAGUGUCUACAUGACCGCUCUCGCGGUGGUCGACACCUUGACGCUACUGGUCGGCAACAGCGCAGCACUUGCCUCCUAUGGCCCGCUACGAGAUUGGCUUCAUGGUGACAUGUCGAAAUAUUUUGAGGCAUGUUGGUACCUCGCCUACACCACCGCCAUCUUGUCUGGCUUCUUCCUCAUGGAGAUGACCAUCGACCGCCUCAUUGUUGUGCGGUAUCCCAUGGCGGCGGCGCGGCUCUGCACCAGCAAGAGGGCAAGGUGGACAGUCCUCAUCACCACAGGGGUCAUCAUGGCGCUCAACGCCAACAUGAUUUGGAUCUUCAAGUAUCAGUACGACCCCGAAACAAAAGCUGAGUCUGUGCUGCCCCACCGACCUGACAGUCCUCAACUAGAAGUAUUCGCCUCAAUGUUCCAACUGGUAUUUGGCACCUUGCUACCAUUCUUCGUCAUCCUCACUAUGAAUCUCUGGAUAAUCUACACUGUAAAACAGGCCGCAGCCAAACAACGUCAUCUAACGUCAGCAACGAAAACCAGCGGCGAUGAGAAACGGAAACAAGAAAUGAGUCAUUUGACGCGCAUGCUCAUUCUAGUCAGUGCCGGGUAUGUCGUCUGCUCCAUUCCGAUGCGAAUCGAUGAAGUUGUAAUGGAUUUAGACAUCAUAAAAGAAAUUUACAUUGAAGGGGAUGUCUAUUGGAACAUUCGUUCAUUGACUAUUUACGUUAUUCUUUCUGAUUUAUGGCUUAUGAACUUUGCAGUGAAUUUUUAUCUUUAUUGCAUUGGUGGAAAAAAGUUUAGGAAAGAUGCUCUCAUGAUCUUGAAAGGUCUGGGCAAUCCUCGGAAAUAUAAAUUAGCAUCUCAUUAUCGAUAGACCAACCAUAUUUACUGGUCAGAGGAGCAAUCUCCUAAACUCGUCAUUGGUAACGGGUUGCUUACUGAUACUAGCACCGUUCAUCAGCGUAUUGGCCUCUUCUGGUUGGUUACUUCCGGUUUGAGAGGCAUCAGAUGGCGUCCUCUCAUUGGCAGAUUGGUAAGAGGAGAUGAAGCUUUAUUUGUUACAAACUUAUUACGUCAGUUACCAGAACGUUGAUAUGAGUCUUAAUAGAUUGAUACAGUUGAACCCCAGUAGGCGACCACACCGCUAUGACGACCAAGAAUCGCCGGUUCCGAAUGGUUUCCUCUCUAAAUACCAUUACAAGGCCCCCGGUAACACGACCACUGGCCUAUUUGGCCGUCCCAAUAACCAAAUUCACCCCUCUAGCCCGACCAAAGGGCCUAAUUGACGUGAACUAACUUAUGAAAAAGUUCAACAACUUUGGCAGUAAAACUUAAUCAUGCAUUUUGUCCCCGGAUAUUCAACGUCACUAACGUGACCACCCCGGUAACGCGACCAUUCAACCUGUGUCCCAUGAGUGGUCGUGUUACCGGUGUUGCACUGUAUAUAUUCCUUUUUGGCCAAUCGAUAAUCCUAAAAUCAGUUGCAUAAAACAGAAACAAUAAAAGAAAGACUGGGAAACACUAUUGAGGUUUCACUAUAGCAACUGUUUUAAUCCUGGAUUUGCCCAACUUUCUACGGCCAUGAACACCUCAUGUUUUAACAUUGUGCUGGAUGUAGACAAGUUGGGGCGAGCCAUCGCUACAACACCUGCUAGAACAGACGGUGCCACAACAAAGAUACACCUAUCGGCGACUUCGUGUAACUUCAUCUGGCCCACCUGUCUUAACAAUAUCAUACGCGAUGAGUUGUCAACCAUGACCGAUGGUUUGAGCACACAGAAGCAGCCCAUCCGGACUAUGACGACCACACCCCCAAGAAUCCCGGCCGUUAAACGAGUUUCACCGCCUAUCUUCUUCACCACAUUUGAUGAUAAUGUUUUAUCGCGAUAAAUCAUCUUUUAUCAGACAAAAUUGUUAGAAUCUGAAACCAGGUAAGCCAUGCAAAUGCCACCUCGUCUCCAGGCUACUGAAUUAGUUCGUUUGUAAGCAACUCAAUGUCAUUAUGCUUUUCCUGAGAUCUGGGGACGACGAUAUGAACUUUUUUCUUCAGCAGACUCUGUACGAUCCUUGAGCCAAUUUAGAGUUAUUAGUUGGUGAUUUUUCGCGUGAAUAGUUGCGACAUUACCUUUCCUGAUGAGCGCUCACAUCCCUAUUAGCUCCCCGGCGAUACUCCACUCCACUAAUAACUGUUCAUUCAAGCCAAUUCUGGCGCACUUCAAACCCGUAUUGUUUAUCUAAAUGCUAAUAAAUGAUUAGCAAAUUAUUUGGAAAUGAGCAGCGGCUAACGUGAUAAGGCAUGGUAUUGGUAGCUAGUGAGGCGAGAGGCGCGACACGCCGAUAAAUUGGCUGAGAUGGAGACAUAAUGAGGCAAACGCGUCAACCACGAACGAUUUCAUUAUUUUGCAUGUGUUACGAUAUUUCGCGGCAAAACAGCAGCAAAUGAGUUUGCAGGUGAGCGAGGAAGGUGUUUAUCGAUGAGUUUGCAUGCGGACAACGAACUUGGUUCACAUGCAUUGAUAUUUACCUCAAUCAAAGGAUUUGCCGUCACUACAUAUGAUGUAUAGAAUUCCUGAUUUUUCCAAUCACGACACUCACAACACUCGACUAUUCUCUCGCAUUAAGUUAGCAAGAAAUUAUUUAUUUUCUUCUCGCUCCCCUUUCAUCUGAAACUUGUGAUCGAUCACACAAAAUUUCGAAGAUAUAAUAACGAUAUGUCAUACUCUGA